CCCGCCCCCGCUCUCCAUAGUUACGGCGCUCUGAGGUGGCGGCCAUCUUGGCGGUGGAGCGAUGAGCGGGUCGAACCCGAAGGCUGCGACUGCGGGUUCGCAGGCUGGGCCCGGCGGGCUAGUAACUGGCAAGGAGGAGAAGAAGAAGGCGGGCGGCGGCGUCCUGAACCGGCUCAAGGCGCGGCGGCAGGGGCCCCCACACACAUCCGACGACGGCACCGGGGCCGCAGUCACGGAGCAGGAGCUGUUGGCACUGGACACGAUCCGCCCUGAGCACGUCCUACGCCUCAACCGGGUCACCGAGAAUUAUCUAUGUAAACCUGAAGACAAUGUCUACAGUAUUGACUUUACCCGAUUCAAAAUUCGAGAUCUGGAGACGGGGACAGUGCUCUUUGAGAUUGCCAAGCCUUGCAUCUCAGACCAAGACCAGGACACAGAAGAGGAGAGUGUUGACGCAGAUAUCAGCGUGGGGCGUUUCGUUCGGUAUCAGUUCACACCAGCAUUUCUCCGCCUCCGGACCGUCGGUGCCACGGUAGAGUUCACUGUGGGUGACAGGCCUGUGACAGGUUUCCGGAUGAUCGAGCGGCACUACUUCCGGGAGCGGCUGCUGAAGACCUUUGACUUUGAUUUCGGCUUCUGCAUCCCUAGCAGCAGAAACACGUGUGAACACAUCUAUGAGUUCCCACAGCUCUCCGAGGAUGUCAUUCGUCUGAUGAUUGAAAACCCCUAUGAGACCCGCUCCGACAGCUUCUACUUUGUUGACAACAAGCUUAUAAUGCACAACAAGGCUGACUAUGCCUAUAAUGGAGGCCAGUAAUUGCUGCAGGAGUGGACAGGGAGGUCCUUUGCCGCCACCACGAGGCACACAGAAGGAAUUGCAGCUGCUGUCGGUCAACACCCACCUUGAACCUGGUCCAGGAAGCUGCUGCUGGGGUGAUGGUGUUUUGUGCUCCAAGGAGGUGCCAGCCAGCAGUUUCUCUUCCCAGUGUUUGUUCCCUGCCCCCUAGUUCACAGAGGUAUUAUAGUAAAGUAAAAGAUUAGGGUAAGGUUCCCGGGAUCCAGAUAAAAGCUUCUUUCUGUGUAGUCUUAGCUGUCACUGCUUAUCCCGACAAGCCUGACCGUCCAGGCACAGCUGUGUCAGUCAGAAGGCUCGGGCUGGGCUAGUCUGAAGGUUCCCAGCCCUCUGCAGGUUCCUGGGUGCUGUGGGCAACUGAGAGCAGCUCACUUCUCCCUCAUCCCAUGCCAUUGGCACAGUCUGUCCUCGCCUAUGCAGUUAGGCCAACUGGAAGAAACUAGAAGAGAGACUGGGGAAGGGCAGAGCCCGGGCUAAGGCACUGGGUUGGGAGGUGGCACCAGAGUCAGAGACAAGUUUUUGAGAAGGCUUCUUACCUGCCUUUGAGAAGCCACAGCCAGGUCUGGCGGAGACCACAGUCUCAGCCUGGUGGAGCCUUCUGUUGUUGCUCUAGAGGCCAUGAGCUUCCUCUCCUCCCCUGGCUGUGACUUUUUAACAUGUCCUGCCAUGGCCCUUGGCAGUUUGUUCACAGAACAUGUGUCUCUCAAGUUCAAUGUAGGCUAGUUGUGCUUUGCGCUCCUUAUUCUCAGACUUCUUUGGGGGGGAUUUUUACAAUGUCAGUGUUUAGUGCCCGGGAUGCUGACAGAUCUCCGAUGGGACUGAUCGGCUCCCAGGCUAAUGUGGCUCAUGGUGGGAGAGCUGACUCUGUAUACACUGAGCCUAGAAGAGAGGCUCUGGGUUGGGAUUUGGCUCUAGAGCAGAGUCUCAUAUUUAGGAAUGCUUUCCUAUCUGUUUGCCUUUCUGCUGAAGUUGUUCCUAGAACCGUCUGCCACAUGGUCCUGAGGAGUGCAUAUUCCGAUCCUGCCUCUAACUGCUGCAUGUCUGAGUGCUGAGAAGGGCAGCAUAGGCUCAGGUUGCCUGUCACAGUGCUGUUCUUAGAUGAUCUACUGUGUGGUGGGCCUCAGGUGUCCUCAGAUCCCCACUGACUGACUCCCACCUCUUUGGCUCCCUAGGUUGUCCCUGUUGGCGGCUCUAGGACUCUGUGGCUGGGGUCCAUUUGUCAUUGAAGUGCAGGAAGGGUGGGAGUGCAUGAAGUGUCUAUGAGGCACACAUCACCUGUAAUGUCACCUGUGACAAGACCAGGGCCCCAGAGUACUUGAGAAAAAGGAUAUGCUUUGGCCAGUGUUGCUGCCAGCCUCUAGAGCACUCGUGGUCCUGGGUUUGGACCCAUGCUCUGUACCUAGCCAGCACUUUACAGUGCUGUGCUUGGGAAACUUGGAAACGAGGAAGCCUCGAUUAUCCUUCAUGCUGCACUGGAUUUACCCACUGAUGUGAGGAGGCCCAGGUGCCUAUGGUGGGUACCUCCUGACCAUUCCAGUGGAUCUCAGAACUGGAGUCCACUCCAAAUCUAGGUGCCUUAAAUGUGGCUCUGUCCCAUGUACUGCUGGGAGCUGCGGGGCCUUUGUUCCCCCUCACCUGCAUACAGACAUAAGUGUCGCUCUGCCUUUUUUCAUGUGGCUCCUCUGGUGAGAUUUCUGUGUUCGUGACAAACUUCAGAGUCUUAGGUCUAUUACAGAGUUUGGGGAGAUACUUGGUACCUAGUAUAUAAGUAAAUACUACCUGGGAUGUGCUUCCUGGAGCUACGUGGCCUUUGCUCAGUAGAGCACAGCCUGGGCUGCUCCUGUUUUCUGGCACGCUGUUUCCUGCCUAUCAUACUGUCUUUUGCUUGGAGAGUCCCAGAUGGAGGAGCUGGGUGCACUACUGGCUUGAGAAGGGCUCCAUCCCUUUUCCCAUGAGCCUGUUCUCAGUGAGAGCACACUGAGGCCGGGUGCUCAGUCAAACUGGUAGAUGGAGCAGUCUCCUUAGUGCCUGAAGGGCCAGUGGUCCGGGUCUGGCUGUCUAGCUGUUUGCUCGAGAAUUUGAAAUCCCAACUUCUGUGCCUGACUUGAGUAAACUGGCAGUCAUACUCUGUUAAAUAACUGAACAAGCAGAAGCCGAGUCAGAAGUCAAACUGUCCAGGAACACCAGUGGGUACAGUGGCUUCCUGUGAUGCAGCGGAAAAGAAUCAGUGUUGGGGGGUUUGGGCAUGCCAUGCCCAGAGCAGUAAUCUGAGAAGAUGGCAACACCAGGGGACCUCAUCCCCGGGCUGGGCAGAACCCUUCCUGGUAUGAGGCGGGUUCUGCUUGGUCUCCACCCUGACCCUUAUGCGUUAGGGCCAAGCUGCCCUUCUAAACCAUAAAUAUAGGAGUAAAGACAGCCAGUACUUGGGCUGACCUCAGCUGUUGUCUCAGAUUAGCUCAGCGCUGUCUCAUGAGAACCUUCUGAAGCUUCUCCAGGCUCUGGGCAUCUGAUUUCCAGUUCCUAGGGACAGCACUUUGCCUUGUCUGGGAUAGGCCAUAGACUCAGAUUCUGAAAAUAUCCACACUCCGUGUCCAGAGCACCAUGGCCACAGGGGGUCUGGAAGAGGUGGGCUCACUCUUGUUUCGUAAAGAAUCAUGGGGUGAUGUCACUCAAGUUGUGAAACUCCGUUUUCCCUGUAAAUCUACUUUUCACAGAAAUAAGAAACAUCUCUGUCCUUAAAAUCCUCAUUCCAAAACGAAUCAGGUGAUUCUAUUUGUAUAAGAUGUUAUUUUACCACAAGAGACAGUAAUAAAGAUUUUUCACAAUAUG